AUGCGUUUAUUACUUCUUACCUUUUUUUCUACCUUACCGUUGAUUUUCAAUUGCGAAGCACAUACAGAACACUUCUUUUAUAAUAACAAAAAAUUAAGGGCUACCAUUGAUGUACAUUUAACAGACAAGUACAAAACUUCAAUAGAAGGUGGUGAUAUUGAUCGAGAUCGAAUUGUUGAUGGUCAUCUUUUACCAGAUGAAUAUUUUUGUCCAAUUUGUCGUUGUCUUCUGUGGAAUCCACGUUCAUGUGCAUCGUGUCAACAUUUAUUUUGUUAA